AUGGAAGCGAUACGCCUUCCUACACCGUCACCACCACCGAAGCCGUCGUCCGUCGAGGAUCGACCUCCAUCCCCUGGCGCUCAUCCUGUUGCGUUUCUUUUCUGGCAAAGCAGGAACGCUGCCCCUCCCGUGGCUGCACUGCCGAGGUUAACUCCUCCUACAGACGGUGAUGGUGAUCACGAAGACAGCAAACCACAAACUGCAGCAGAACUCAUGAGUGAAGAGUCAGCACAGCGGUUGUUGGAGGACAACGCCGACAUGGCUCCUCGUGCAGAACAGUGCCAAUCCUCGACCCGUGCAGCAUCACGUAAGCAGCAGCGUCAGCCGACUACGCGUCGUCCUCUAACACGUUCGAAUGGCCGCACAACUUGUUCGACGGCCCGGGUCGACAUUCCAUCUCCAGCUGCCCGAAAAACCAGGCAAGCCCGGAAGGCGGGUGGAGCUCCAAUCUCGUCUUCGAAGAUCUCUAAGCCAACUCCAACGCGUCGCAGCCUCCGGAUCGCGGAAAGAGAAGGCCGCUCGAAAGGUGUUUGUGCCCCAGCAGAAGCCAUGAAAGCUAUGAACAAAGACGAUGUGACAGCGCAACCGCAACUGAACCAGCAGGUCAAGGAGACCUCAACGAGAACGACGAGAAGGAAGACGGAUCGCACCAAGGGAAGACAUCCACCAACAGCGUCGAAGCCGCAAGGCGUUGCAAAACGAAAGGGCCGUUCACGACGUUUGAAUGCUUGA